AUGGAGGUUGCUGGUCUCGCUGUGGGCGUUGCCGGUCUGGCAGGAUUGUUCAGCUGCUGUACUAGUGCCUUUCGCCUCGUGCAACAGGGUCGCUCCUUCGACAAAGACUACAAAAUCAUUGAGACGAAAUUUGGAAAUCAGGAAUUACGUCUGCGGGCAUGGGGAAAGGCGUGCGGGCUCAACACCAACGCAAGAUACGAUCAGCGGCUCGACGACCCGGAUCUAAUCCAGCAGGUGGAGGCAACUCUUGAAUGUAUCAAGCUAUUGCUCGGAGAUGCGAAAGAUUUACAGGAAAGAUAUGGAUUGAGGUCUUGUUCCGAAUACAGAAGUGAGAAUUCACGCCCCCACCUCGCCAUCCACUCCUCGUCGGAGGGGACUGCGAAAAUUGAACCUGGCCGAAGGGCGAGCUUGAAUCGCUUAUUGUCGCGUCGCUCACUACUCCAACGAAUUGGGUCCUCACCAGUGCUACGGACUGAGCAGUCAUCCAUUCUUUCGACAGCACAUUGGAUCAUCGAGGAUCGCGAGAAAUUUUCGGAGCUUGUGCAACAUUUGAGAGACUUCAUUGAUGAUUUGGAGAACUUCACGAAAGCAACUGAGAUUCCUCGAAGGCAACGCGUCUUCGUGGAGUAUGAAGUGGAGUCAAUUGAAGAUCUGGAGACAUUGGAAGAUAUGGAGUCAGCGAGAGAGGGUGAUGACGAUGCCGUUUCAGAUGCAGCGAGCGCGCGCCUUGAGAGAAUAUCUGAGGGUACCGCCAGCGUACGCAGCUCCUUUGGAGGUGGCCGCAGUAGUGUGCACACUUUACAGUCUAUCAUAACUCUAGAAUCUCUAGACUCGUACUUCACAGCUCGGACACAUUUUUCACGACCCGAAAGUAUUGCGGAUCCCGAGUAUCUCGUCCCAACGCCUGAAUUGUCUCGCGGGGCCGGUCUUAAACGCUACGGCGACGCAGCCGUAUCGAACAGACUACUACGAUUACAAGCACGCCCAAGGAACGAAAGAGAGAUAUUUCGGAGGAGACAUUCGAGGAAGAGCGGUAACGCGAGGCCUCGGUUAAAGGUUGAUGGCCAAUCAAUAGAUGUAGCGCUUUGGGACACGACCGGACAGGAAGACUACGAUCAGCUGCGCGGAAACUCGUACAGCGGCACUCACGUCGUCAUAAUAUGCUUUCUCAUUGAUGCACAAGAGCCUAAUCAUGACAAAGUGCGCAACAGGUGGAUUUCAGAAGUGAACCAGCGAUGUCCCAGAGCUGGCCGUAUUAUCGUCGGCGUGGAGCCGGAUGGCUCAUAUCAAACGUCGCGUAUUGACAUAACACGUGGCAAAAGACUCGCUGUGGAAGUCAAUGCUUUGCAUUACAUCCAAUGCAAUCUGGAGUCAGGCGCUGGGGUGGACGAUGUUUUCGAAGCAGCUAGUCGAGCGUCGAUAGCAUCAGCUGAGGCGGACGACUCUCGAAUCUGGAGACUGCCCUGGCGAGAUGCGAGGCAGAGACUGUCCAUCAUCAACGAGAAUGGCGUCACUAGUCCAUCGGGCCCUGAGGACGACUCAAGUAGCCCGAGCUUCAAACAGAAGAGGCACCGUAAACGACUAGGUCUGAAUUCUUCAAGCCCACCAGCACUUACGCAUCCCUCAACAAACCUACGUGAUAUCGAGGAUUCCGAAGAAAUGUUAGGUCGCGUCAAGGGUAACCGUCCUGUAAGACUUUCUAUUACUAAUGGAGACGACGGAUAUAUUACCUAG